GCGGAGCUUGCGCCAACAUGGCGGCCGGGGCCGGAGUCGUGGGGGAGGCGCACGAGGUGCUCUUCCGACGGGGCGCCGGACAGAGUGAUGACUCUGAUAUAUGGGAUGAUACGGCGCUGAUAAAGGCCUACGAUAAGGCCGUGGCAUCAUUUAAGAAUGCUCUGAAGAACGGUGACUGUUCUGAACCUUCAGACAAACAAGAAAAAAGUUCCGGAUACCAAAAAAAAACGAUUAAGAAGAGCAGAAGCAAGAAGAAGAACAACACUGCCCCACUGCCCCAGUGGAGAGUUGGUGACGCUUGUUGUGCGAUUUGGUCUGAAGAUAGCAAUGUGUAUCCAGCUACUGUUGCUUCGGUGGAUUUGAAGAAAGGGACAUGUGUUGUAGUUUAUACUGGGUAUGGGAAUAGAGAAGAGCAAAAUCUGUCAGACCUGCUUCCCCCAAACAAUCCUGAAGGAGGACAAGAUGAAGGAAAUGUUCGGGAGAAUGAAAAUCAAAGUCAGUACUCAACGGACGAAAGUGAGAAAUCGGCCAGGUCAAGUGGAAGCAAACAGAAUCGCAACAAAGCCAAAGCCUCUCACUGGAACUCGUAUUUUCCUCCUCCGUCACUGCCUCCGCCCCUGCCCGGGCUGGGAAAGCACGGACCAAAACUCAGUGCCCCACCGCCUUUCCUAUCAGGCUGGCCCCCACCAUUUCCUUCAGGACCACCAUUGAUUCCCCCUCCGCCUCCUAUGUCUCCAGAUUCUUUUGAAGACGAUGAUGCUUUGGGAAGCAUGUUAAUAGCUUGGUACAUGAGUGGCUAUCACACGGGCUAUUAUCUGGGCUUAAAGCAAAGCCGAAUGGAAGGAAGGCACCAAAACUUCAAAUAAAGAGGAAAGUCUGCCGCACGGUUCCCCUUUGCAUUUGUACUGCCGGCUCCCAAGGAGACAAGCUUUUCAUUCCUCCUCUGGAGAUACGGACAAAGGUGUUAUUUUUCUUCAGAAAGACUUGACUCGAUAGCACAAUCCAAUGUAACGACCUUAUGAGUUUACUCACGGGUGCACAGGUUGCAAUGGUAGCAGGUUAAAUAAUCUAAGCAAAAUACUUUUUAAAUAGUUUUGAGUUGUCUGGAAAAAAAAAAAACCUACCUGUACUUUUUACUUGCAGCGGAUCACUUUUAGGCUGCCUCUCACCUUGCGCAGAUCUAUUUUCAGUACUAAAAUUGUUCUUGGAUGUUAAAACUUUUGGUCUGCAUUCCAGUUAUUCACAAACUUUUGAAAAGCAUUAGUUUUGACUAAACUUUACUUACAGCAGAGCCAUCAGCAGCUGAGUGAUACUGGUGGCAGUUUUCACCUAGAAUAUCUGAGCUCUGACCCAGUGUUAGGAACUUGAAGAGGGAGUUUGGUGAACAGAUAAAAGUGGUUGGCACAGUUUGUUUACAUUACAUGUGAAUAAAAUCUCAUUUUUCAAA